AUUUGGUUUUUUGGUACAUGCAUGUGAUCAAUUAGAAUUUCACACCAAAUUGCACUCCACUCAGUGCAAUUACCAUUAUCAAUCAUAACUUAUUCCAUAUUGUGUAUAUUGCCCAUACAGUUAUUUUUUAUCCCGGGAACAGACGUCGUGCCAGAGUACUAAUUUCGCCCAGAGAUUUGAUAAAACCCGUUGAUUUUGUUUCUAUUAGAACAUUUCAUAGAUGCCGGCAACGAACGCAAAUUUGUUUCAAGGAGUAGAUAGAUACCCAUUCUUCCAAAAAUAUCUUCAAGGAUAAAACAACGAUCAAUGCUGUGAGGGCCGGUUUUCAUAAUAUUUCGAAUGCCUGCUCACCAAAGUUUGACGACCAUUGAGAAUAAGCGGAUUUGCGCAUUUGUGUAGUUGCUAAAUUUGCAAAAUAGUUGAAAGCAACGAUUACUGCAUAAUGAUUUUCAGCAUACGUCUAGACAUGCAAGUAUUAUUCACAUAUUUCGAGAAAGUGCCAUUUCAAAGCCGAAAAGAAAGGCUUUGAGAACCUAGAAAUGAUCGUCGUCAACGUGUUAUUACGUGUCAUGUUGUUCAUAUUAUGACGUCACAUACAAUUCAAGAUGGAGGAAUCAAGUGAUAAAGAGGAUAGUACAGAUACCAGCGAAUUAGGAUGGCGUUCAGAUUUAAUUAGUGCUCUUUCUAAACAAACUGAUAUCGUACGACUACGAGAAAUAUGUCGUGGGCACGAGAUUCCUGUUGAAUGUAGAGCAAAUAUUUGGCAGGUAUGCUUAAAUGUUGGUGAUAAACCAAAUCCACUUCAGCAAUGGGAUGGAAAGCUAGACACUCCAGAUCAACAAAUGAUAAAGAAAGAUUGUCAGACAUACGCAGCCAGGGUAAUUCUUGAUGAUAGUGAAAGUGUUGCUGAAGACAUUGAAAAAAUAAUUACUUUCUACUGUAAGACAAGAAAUGAAAGAUACAAAUCACAAAAUGGAUGGGUGGAGUUGCUACUGCCAUUUAUAUCUCUUCGUCUUCCCAUUGGAGACGUUUAUAAUAUCUUUUAUGCAAUGCAUUCAAAAUAUAUUCCAAGAGAAUGUCACAAUGAAGGCAAACCAUUUCAUCUCUUCCGUUUACUAUUGCAAUACCAUGAUCCUGAGUUAUGUUCAUUUUUGGAUUCAAUGAAGUUAUUUCCGGAUCAAUAUGCCCAGAAAUGGUUUCGAAGUCUUUUUGCUGCUACGUGUGAUAGCAGUGUUGUUGAGGCGAUGUGGGAUGUUUACUUGUUGGAAGAAGAUCCGUUCUUAGUAUUUUUUCUUGCACUUGUAAUGAUUAUAAAUGCAAGGGAAGACGUCAUGGCACCCGACCAGGAAAAGUCUGAUAUUUUAGAUAUAAUAUCGGAAUUUCCGUCGCAACUAGCAGCCGAUGACAUUGAAGAUUUUUGUUCCUUAGCUCAAUAUUAUUCAUCCAAAACGCCACAAUCAUUUAGGAAGCAAUAUUAUGGUCAACUGUUUGGUAUAAAGACUCUGAAUGCUCACAACGUUGCCCAGGCAUUAUGUUUACCAGUAUCCAUAGAUGAACUAUUGCAAUCCCACAAGAAUUCGAGUGAUGAAAUCCGAUAUUUUUUGGUGGAUUGUCGACCUGCAGAACAAUAUAACAGUGGCCAUCUACCAACAGCCUUUCACCUCGAUGCUAAUCUGAUGCUGCAAGCACCAUCAGACUUUUCAACAACGGUUCAAGCAUUAUUUUCCACACAAAAACAAUCAGUUGCCGCAGGAUCAGCAGCUGGGGGGGAACAUCUUUGUUUCAUGGGGUCAGGCAGGGAAGAGGAGGAUCAGUAUGUCAAUAUGGUCGUGGCUAAUUUUUUACAGAAAAAGACAAAAUAUACAAGCAUAGCCAAAGGUGGUUACAAAGCACUUCAUGAUAUAUUAAUUGAUGAUCUUACGCAUGGUCUUACUGAUCACGUUGUCUCGUCAUGUAUUGCUUGUUCUCCUCACGCCGCUACACCAGGGAAUCAGACAUGGACAGACAUGAGUAGAAAAGGAGAACAGAGUCCUGGCGCAGGUUUGGUGGACAAGUUAUCUUCCGCUAUUCGUACAAGUAAAACAAAUGUAAGUCAGAAGUUCUCCAAUUGGAUGUCUGAACCUCGCAAUGAAGUCAGGCAUGUGAGCAGUUUUGACAAAGUUGGUAGAAGGUAUCGAAACUAUAAUCCUGUAUUUACUAUUGAAGAUGAAGAAGAUGAAGAAGAUGAGUUAAACGAGUCAAGCUCAGAAGAUGAAAUGAAACAUGAAACUGUAAAUAUGAAAACAUGGUUUGAAAGAAAAGAUGUUGUUCAAGUGAUUUCGUCGAAAGAAGUAUCAUUCAAAACGGGUCGUGAACACAAAAGUCACAUCCUAAUUACUGAUUCACACAUGUUCGUUCUGCGCGAGAUGACGACUAAAGCAGGCUGGGCCUCCAUACGGUCACGUGACCGUCUUAAAGAUAUUUUUAAAAUCACGUCAAAGAAAAAACGUCCCGACGUUAUAACAUUUACGAUAACAGCAGGAGAGGACACGAAAAGAGUGAGAUUUAUUAUUCCAGAUUCACGCAAUGAAAUACAAACACUGAAACAGUUCUUGGUAAAAUCAUUGGGUGGAGAUAACUAGUGUAUAGAAAGUGAACGGUAUUGCAAAUGCCUAUAAAUGUCACAUUAAUAGAAAUAAGAUGUAUUUUUGACUGAUUAUAAUACCAACUAUUAACGUAA